AUGGAAAAACCGACCGUCGUCCUCAUUCCCGGCUCAUUUUGUUCUGCAGCGUUGCUUUGGGACGCAGUUAUCGACGACCUCCACGAUGCUGGAUACGAAGCGACAGCCAUUGAAUUGAGGACCGUUAGUCCUCCGAGCACGUCUCCCCCUAGGACUAUGACUGAUGACGCUGCACAUAUUCAUGGAGUUAUUGAAGCACUUGCCAAUGAGGGGAGGGAAAUAUUGAUUGUUAUGAGUUCUUACGGUGGCAUACCUGGAACCCAAGCGACCCAAGAUAUGACGCUAUCCCAGCGGCAGAGCGAUGGCAAGACUGGAGGAGUUAUGGGUCUGGUAUAUGUUUCAGCACUCCUGAUAAAUGAAGGCGAGAGCUCUGAAGAUAGCUUUGCGCCGUUUGUGACACCCCAGGCGUCUCACAGCUUUUUCAAGGUUUCCGGCGAAUACCUUCACCUGGACCCCGUCGGCAGUGCGGCCGUCAUCUUCUCGGGCUUACCAAAACCUGUCGGAGAAUCAUUGACACGCAAGAUGCCUGGCCAUGCGGCAGGGUCGUUCCGCGAGCCAAUGACUAGCACAAGUCACUAUGAUAUACCGGUCACCUAUAUCAAAUGUACAGACGACAGGAUCGUUCUUCCGGACCACCAGCAAAAGAUGAUUGACGACUUUAAAUUGGUCAGCCAUAGCACUGUCAAGGUGAUCGAAGUCGAUUGUGGGCACUGCCCAAUGGUGGAACGCCCAAAGGAGACCACACAAGCAAUCAUUCAGGCCGCGAGAAGUAAUGCGUGA